GAACGUUGCUGACACUGUUAACCAAAGUACAGACGUGAGGAGCAUCGCACGCCUAGUAUUUCAUAACCUACAUGCGCUAGACACGACCAGAACCAUGUCGAAGCCUACAAUAACUUUCGGAGAAGACGAUUUUGAGAUUGACGAGAAGGACCAAGAAAGUGUCUUUGUGACUGACAAGCGAGGAAACUCACUGCAGCUACAGAUGUUUGAGGAUAUCCUGUACACCAACGCAUACAAACGAGAGGUUUUAGAGCAGCUUAAAGACGUUCAGCUUCGGAAGGAAGAUAUAUAUCUAGCUGCCUACCCGAGAACCGGAACACACUGGACGUUUGAAAUGGUUGGAAUGUUGCUUAAUGGAACUGCCGACACCAUACCCACAUACAAGGAAAAGAUUCAACUAGAAUUAACAAAGAAUGAUGAACUGAGUAGUCUCCCCUCCCACGAAUCAUCAACACCCACUUCCAACUUUCUCGUGGACCAACGCAGUUGAGAGAAAAGAAAUGCAGGAUAAUCUACAAUCUAAGAGACCCAAAAGAUGUUGCAGUCUCUGUGUACUGUUUAUAUAUGGAUGCAGGGGGGUGACUGGCUACCAGGGCACAUUCAAAGAUUUUCUAGACCUUUUCUGCAAUGGGAAAGUUGAGUGCAACGGUAUUUUUGAACACCUGCGUGAUGCAGAAACAUUCUUUGAAGAGAAUCCUGACAUUGAAGUGCACUUCCAAGUUUACGAGGAAACACUGAAGGAUCCUGCAGCAGAAGUGAGAGCUCUCUCUGAUUUUAUUGGGCUUGAGAGAAAUGAGGAAUUGUGUCGUGCUAUUGCAGAGAAGUGUACCUUUGCAAGGAUGAAAGAUGACAAGGACAAGUACACAGUAAAAGCUGAUGGGAAAAACUUUUUGUACAGGAAAGGUGUCGUUGGAGACUGGAGGAACUGGUUCACGGAUGAGAUGCUGGAGGAGUACUACCAUGUGUACGAGGAGAAGAUGGCCGGGUCAAGAUUCUAUGAACGUUAUGCCAGGACGAAGAUCGACAACACGCUCUAAUCACUCACGCAGAAUACAGAUAGAAUUUUGUGUGUGGAUAAAACAUUUAUUUUUUGUAUUCCUGUAACAGGAAUCAUCACUUCUCCUAUUAUACACGAUGAAUAUCUUGACUCUAGACCUGAUCUCUGACCUGGUCUAAUUCGCGACUUUUUCAGAUAGAAACAUGAGAAAUCACAAAAAUAAACUUAACACUUAAAGGUUGGUUCAGAAUGGUUGACGAACAUGAACAUGAUCGUCGGUAUCCACCAAAAUAUAUUCUGUUGCGCGUACAAUGAAAAGCAUAUGAAUUGAUCACUGAAAAUCAAUGAUGACAGCAGGUGUUUGUGGAGAGUGCAAUCGUUCCCCACACCCGAAAAUGAAAUGUUGUCCUAACACUGCAUAUCAGUUCUUGUGCCACUGGAUUGUAUUCUAGUGAAAUAACCAGAGGCAUAACCAGGGAGACGUUACUCCAGCGAAAUAACCAGAGGAUUCAAACCCAAUGAACCAGUAUUCCAGUGAAAUAAAAAAUAGCUAAGUGUCA